GGUGCGCAUCCUAAGGUCUCUCAUGGCGGCUCCCGUGACCCCAGGGCGCCGGGUCUUGAAAGAUGUAGUGGCAUACGUUGAAGUCUGGUCGGUGAAUGGAACGGAAAAUUAUUCAAAGACAUUUACAAACCAACUUGUGGAUAUGGGGGCAAAGGUUUCAAAAACUUUUAACAAACAAGUAACUCAUGUUGUGUUCAAAGACGGAUACCAGAGCACUUGGGACAAAGCACAGAAGAGAGGUGUGAAGCUUGUUUCAGUGCUCUGGGUCGAAAAGUGCCGGACAGCCGGGGCGCACGUCGAUGAAGCGCUCUUCCCUGCGGCGAACACGAGGGAACACCUGCCGAGCCUAACUAAAAAAAAACGGAAGUGUAUGCAGCCCAAAGAUUUUAUUCCUAAAACACCGGAACACGAUAAAAGGCUUCAGAAGAAAUUUGAAAAAAUGGCUACAGAGCUACAAAGGCAGAAGAGAAGUCUGGAUAAUGAUAUACCUGUUCUCUUAUUUGAAUCUAAUGGCUCAUUGAUGUAUAGUCCCACCAUUAAAAUGUGCAGCGGUCAGCAUAGUGCAAUGCAAAAGAGAUUACAGGAGAUGAAGGAGAAAAGGGAGAACCUCUCCCCUACAUCUUCGCAGAUGCUUGAAAAGUCCCUUGAUAACCAAGUCAACUCCCCAGGUGAAGCUUCUGGGAACAUUUCACAUGAUACAUUGUGCUCAGAUGAAUCCUUUGCUGGUGACCUGAACUCAUCUUUUGACGAUCUUUGUGGAAAGGCGAGAUGUGGAAGUCAGAAAGCGACACUGGGAGGAAUUGUGGAUGAAGUUGAAAGUGUGUGUGUUUCUUCGCCUGCGCUGAAGACAAGGAGCAUCCGUUCUUCGGCAUCUCCUGGUUACCUCCACCCGUUAACGCCUCAGAAGGCCCUGGGUAGUCCUUCCAAAGAAGAGACUCGUCGGCAAGGAGAUCCCGCGGGUGAGGUGGUCACCCCCCAUAAGCAGCAGUCCGAGGGAGCGGCCGGAAUAGUGUUUGACGAGAAACGCAGCUUGUCUCCUAUGUUAUCUGCAACCAAACGCCGCCCUUCGGGACAUUCACGAUCUGAGAGCUCCUCAGCCAAGAGAAAAAGGUCGGAGAGCUCGGGAGCGCCCCCCGAAGAAAGACGGAAGAAGAAGAGGUGCGGUGGGCAGCCUGGCGGGCCGCGGGUGCGGCUGUGGACGUCGGGGCACCCCCUGCCGCUCCCGGCCGGGCCUGCGGGCGAGACCGCGGGCUGCGGCGUGUCCUCGUACGAUGAUUACUUCUCACCUGAUAACCUUAGGGAAAGGAGUUCAGAGGCUCUUCUUCCCGGAUUUCAGCCAUCUGCAGGCCUGGCUCAGUUCAGCCGCGGCGGUGGUCUUUCCCGGAUGGAGAGAAGAAACAUACUGCACAUGGCUGACUUCUCCUGCAUUGGUAAGAAUCCCAGGUCGGUCGACAUGACUGACGUAACAGCAAAAACGAGCUCCAGGCUCGCGAAACCGCCACAAGACGCAGCACACGCGAUGUGGGCUUGCCUGACCUCGGAGGGAACGUGUGCCGCCGAAGGAACCCCAGGCCCUCGUCAGCAGGCUGGCGCCCACAGAAGAGCAGGCCCGCACGCAGGUGGGAGACGCCGCUCUCACGUGGCUGGUGAGCCCAGUGUGCCGCGGGGGCAUGGAGGGGAGGGGCUUCAAGGCGAUUUCACUCCUCUGGAAGGGAGCAGCGUAGAAAUGGAAGAAUUGCUGGAUGUGAGAAGUGGACAGAAAGAGGAUAGCGCUUCUCGAAUGUGGAACUCCUCUGGCGGUGAAAUGCAGCGUGACCAUGAGCUUGGUUUAGUGGCUGAUUGUACUGUGGACAAAGCUACAGAAGCAGGGGGACAGCCAUCCAGUGGAUGCGAUGGAAGUGUAAAAAAUGGACCAACAAGGCAUGAUGUUUUAGAUGCCUCAUUAGAAGACUGUAAGGACCGCACCAGACCUCACGAGGCAUCGAAGAGAAGAGGGAAAGCUCAAAAGCCAACAAGAACAUUAGUCAUGACAAGCAUGCCAUCUGAAAAGCAGAACAUUGUCAUCCAGGUUGUGAAUAAGUUGAAGGGCUUUUCAUUUGCCCGGGAAGUUUGUGGCACUACCACCCAUGUGCUCGCCGGGAAUCCCCUGCGUACCCUGAAUGUGCUGCUGGGAAUCGCUCGUGGCUGCUGGAUUCUCUCUUAUGAAUGGGUACUGUGGUCUUUGGAACUGGGUCACUGGAUUUCCGAGGAACCGUUUGAACUUUCUAACUACUUCCCUGCAGCUUCUCUGUGCCGCCUGGAGCGUGUUCUCUCUGUGGGUCGGUACCAGGGAGCCCUGUUUGCCGAUCAGCCUGUGAUGUUCAUCACCCCGGCCAGCGAUCCCCCCAGAGCCAAGCUGCGGGAACUGGUCCUCCUGUGUGGGGGUCAGAUCACGCGAAUCCCACGCCAGGCCAGCAUCUUCAUCGGACCCUCCCAAGGAAAGAGGAAGGCGACCGCCACGUAUCUGUCAGAAACAUGGAUCCUAGAUUCAGUCACUCAGCACAAGGUCUGUGCCUUUGACAACUACCUGUUGCCGCAAUGACGGAGCCACCAGUCAACACCAGGGGCUGCUGCCAUUAGCUCACAAAGUUGUCUCUGGACACUGACAUAAGCAAACACUCAGAGAAGGAAUGGACAUAGAAGCGAUGCCUUUUUAUAUCAUCACAUGUGUGCCUUGUGGUUUUUAUAUAAAGAACCUCCUCCGUUUGCCUUUCUAAUGACUGAGUUUGUGCUCUAAAGAAGCAUUGACCAGCUCUAUUUGGGCCUUUUCUAUGUAAUGCCAAUCUUAGUAUUUUAAUGAUGAUCAUGAUUAAAAGGUCACAGAACCUUGGUCAUAGAAGCACCAUACUGUUAAAUAAAGAGUGGGAAUUCC